GACGAUAGUGUAGUAUCGGCUAUUCCGAAAAUGUCACAGCUCCCGUAAAGAAUAAUAGAAAAUUUCGAUUUGAAAUACUAAUAGUCUUCAAUCCCAAAUUACCAAUCAUGUUUUCAUUUCUGGAAAAGAUUGAAAGACCGCCCCUUGAAACGGGUCGGAAGAGUUAUCAGCCGAUAAGGGAGGCCGAGUACAUUAGCGACAUCGAGAGUCAUCUGGCCCUUCCGGAGAUCGACUCGGAUGUGGCCAAAGCCCUCAAACUGCAGAGUUUCUUCUACUCAAAGUAUGGGGAACUGGCCGCCACAAUGCAGGCCAAUCACAUGGCUCUGGUCAGGCGCAUCGAUACGGGAAAGAAAAAUCUGGAACUGGUGGCCAAGUUGCUGCUCGAGGGAGGCAAGGAGUACGAUAGCCUUGUGCAAGUUGUGCCCGGAGUCCUGCGGCGAGUUGUCGUGCCGCCCGUGAAGAAGGUUACCCUUCAAGUGAGCAUGGGCCUCCAGAUGGAGUUCGGCCUAAAAGAGGCCGGGGACUUUAUAAUCGCUGAAGUUACCAAUCUUGUGAAGCAGAAGUUGCAGCUCGAGCACGACAUAGACUUUCUGCAGGAUCAGGUCAGCACAACAGAGCUAAACAUGAAUGGUCUGUACAAUCAUGGAAUCGAGACACAGAAGCGAUUCGAUCUUGGCGGAUGUUUGGCAGGCAUUCCCUAAUUCUCCUAUCGGUGAGAUAUCCCCAAAUCGACAAAAUGUCUAUAUUUUGGGAAGAUUACAAUAAAAAUGAGCCAUUUACCCUUCA